AUGUAUCCUGAAUCUUGUGAUUUUAUGGUAACAUCACCAUAUGGAAACAAUCUUCACCACAAGGAAAAUGCGACUCAUGGUCAGUUUGCAUUUACAACCUCGGAGGGUGGUAACUACUUAGCAUGCUUCACGUUAGAUGGUCAUCAGGAACCAGCUACAGGUGAAACUCUGAGCUUCGACUGGAAAAUUGGAAUUGCUGCAAAGGAUUGGGAUUCUGUAGCGAAAAAAGAAAAGGUUGAGGUUUUCACUCGAAAAGGAUGUUUAGGGGGCUAUCUUCUCAAGGCAUUUAAUGAUUCAUCUCUCUACCAAUUUUGGCAAAACUUGUACGCAAACAAUGGUCUGACAUCUAAUUACACCCCAGUGUAA